AUCUUACUCACAUGUUUGUUUACCUUGUUUACUAAUUGCAGUCAGUCGGUACUGUAAGAAGCAUUGUACGUUGCGUUUUUUGCGAGAAUACUGUGCUAGUGCUUUUUAUUUGUGUUGAUUAAAGGGCUAAAGCAUCAUUGGAUUAUUUCGUUCAGAAUCCUGUGCUUAUAAUGGAUAUACUAAUAGAACCGGACUGCUAUAAAGUAUGUCGUAUUUGCAUGGAAAGCUGCGAAGAAGACUUUGUAUGUGUUUAUGACGAGUUUGAAGACAAUAUAUUGAUGGACGUAAUUGUUGAGUGUGCCCGAGUGGAGAUAAGGAAAGAUGAUGCUUUGCCACGAAAUGCUUGCCGCAACUGUGCUGAAUAUAUGAUAAUUGCUUACCACAUUAUUCAAAAGUGUCGAGAUUCCGAUCAAACGCUUCGAUCCAUAUUUAAACAUGAGAUUGAUUUUAGAAGUCGUAAAGAUGAGGCCGUUUUUGAUACUAAUGAUAUGCAUGACGACAUAAACCCUGCGGAAUAUGCCUUUCUAUUGUCGGAUGCUUACGACAAUAUCAUGCUAGAAAAUGUCAAAGGCCUUAUAGCCGAAGAAGCUAAAACAGCUCCACCAAUCGAAUUUCCUAAUGAGAAUGUGUGCAGUUCAAAAAUAGGCGAAAAUAAAUUUUUGACAACAAAUAAAGUCGUCCAUGAGCAAUCAAACCACACAUCUCAACUCAAUAAUGCAGAAAUAGUAGAAAUGUUGGAAAAUAAACCUCUUGGGGAAAAUAUAAGUAGGACAGAUCAAUCUCACUCCACAAAAAAAUGUUGCGGUUGCAAGAAAAUUUUUAACAGUGAACAGGAAUUGAAAACUCACAGCAAUGUAGUACACCAGAGAGAACAAACUUCCAUUUCCGAGUUGGGCAGACCUUUCAAAUGUUCGAUAUGCUAUAAAAACUUUUCCAACCAGCAACUAUUAAAAGAGCACCAGCGGACAGUGAUAAGGAGAUUUUUUUGUCGAAAGUGUGGUAAGAGAUUCAUGACACAGAAUAAUCUGGAAAAUCAUCUCAAGUGUCAUGUUGCUUCCCGUGAAACCAAAAGAUGUUGUGGAUGCCGUAAAGAUUUUAUGUCGGAAUCUGAGCUUCUACAACACUCCCAGGAAGUACAUCAGGUAGAACAAACAAUCAACUCAAACAAACCAUUUGAAUGUAAUAUUUGCUACCGCCGAUACUCCACACGUAAGUCGCUGGUAAGCCACAAACGAAUGAUACAACAGCAUCAGUGCCAACAGUGUGGAGAAAUGUUUAUGAAAAAGUUGUUUUUAUCAUUACAUGAAAAAUCUUGCCACAUUGUUAGAGCUGAUGAUAACAAAAAGAAACGAUGCUGUGGGUGUAGCGUUGAAUUUUCCAAUAAACAAGCUCUGCUGGAGCACGCUGCUAAUGUUCAUAAAAACACUAGUGAUGCUCAAUCCGAUUCAACAAUUGAUAGUUCCAAACUGUUCGAAUGCGAAAUCUGUUUCAAACGCUUUUCCUCGAAGCUUAUUCUUAACCAACAUAAAAGAAAAAUUGACGUUGACAAACGUUACUCUUGCGAUAUUUGUGGCCGCACAUUUAACCGCGCGCAUGACAAAACUACUCAUCAAACUACCCAUUCCAACGAAAUGCCAUUUUCAUGUCACGUUUGCCUACGGCGUUUUAAAAACAAACUCUACCUCAAGAAUCAUCUCAAACUGCACGCUACAAGCGAGUCACGGAAUUUUGGUUGUGCUGAAUGUGGUAAAUGUUUUCGCACAAAGGAUCUGCUGAAGACGCACCUGAUAAGCCACAGCAAUGAAAGGAAACACCAGUGUCAGUUUUGCCCGGCGGCGUUCAAGCGAGCACAAUGCCUAAAAAUUCAUACAAAGGUACACACACAGGAGAAAGCAUUUGCUUGUGCGAUUUGCGACAAACGGUACGUUCAAUCGUCUGAUUUGAAACGCCACAUGCUUACACACAAUCCCGGUGAGAGUGGUAAACCUUUCCAGUGCGAGUAUUGUUUAAAACGGUAUCCCCGCAAAGACUAUCUGAAAAUACAUAUUCGGAAGCAGCAUUUGGAGAAGGCAGAUAUGAUACUGAUAGAAGAUGUAGCACUAGAAUUUCGGGGAAACAGUGAUGCUAGUGACUUUUUGUUAAUAUAAAAAUAUACUGGUUUGAA